CCAGAAUAAAUGAAAAGUUGAUUAUUUGUUUCAGAUAAAUAUGUAAACAGAGAGGUUGUAAGUUGUCCAGUUAUUUCACGGUUAUUUCAUGACUUUGUGACUCAGUGCUUCUUUCUAGCAGAUGUAUGUCUUCCUAUUUACAAUACAUUAACAGCGCAAGUGGCGCCAUAAUGGAGCUGGUUAAUGAUGCCGCUUGUACGGUACAAGCAGCGGCAACUAGUACGUACAACAACGUGACAGAAUCCCUUCAGGUCCAUUGUCAGACCGUAGCUACCAACCUUCUUAAUUAUAAAUAUCAGGAUAGAUCGUUAAUGGAUACAUCACCAGAGUAUCCUGACACAUUGCAGCCAGUAUGGAUUCUUGGUGAGCAGUGGAGUGCGAAACAUGAUCUGGAUGAACUCAAGGAUAUUGUCAUGUCUAGGCUUUGGUUCACAUACAGGAGGGAUUUCCCUAGUAUUGGUUCUAGCGGGUGUUCAAGUGACCAGGGCUGGGGUUGUAUGCUACGCUGUGGACAGAUGCUUCUUGGUUCCUGUCUUCAAGAUCUACAUCUUUCCAGGAGGUGGAGGUGGAGCUCAGAAUCUUGGAAGGAGGAGAAAUACAGAAAUAUUUUAUCAAAAUUCCAGGACAAGAAAUCAGCCCCGUACAGUAUUCAUCAGAUUUCGUUGAUGGGAGAAAGUGUUGAGAAUAAACCAGUUGGUACAUGGUUCGGACCCAACACAGUUGUACAGGUUCUAAGGAAGUUGGUGCGUAUGGAUCCAUCAAAUGAUAUUGUUAUCCAUGUUGCGAUGGACAACGCUCUCAUUCUUAGUGAGGUUAAACAAGCAGCGUUCUCACCCAUGGAAGGGUCGGUUGACGGGGAAGGGGCGGCGGCAACCUCCUUAAAGUGGAGACCUCUCCUUCUUUGUUUAUCUUUAAGGUUAGGAUUAACUGAAAUAAACCCUGUUUAUAUCAACGGAUUAAAGACAUGUUUAACCCUCCCUCAGACCCAGGGAGUGCUGGGAGGUAGACCAAAUCACGCCUUAUACAUUCUCGGGUUCGUUGAGGACCAAGUAAUUUAUCUAGAUCCACAUGUGACACAGCCAAAUGUUGAAAUGGACUCUUGGCUGCAUUUAAAACCUUUCCUUGUAAACUCUGAAAACGAUCUUAAAAUGGAAUGUGAUUCGAGUGAGGCAACGCGGCCAGAAAAUCCGCCAAGUGAAAUAUCUGAAAAUGCGGGAAAAGAGCGUGAGUUGACCGUAACGGAUGAGAGUGCUGGACAGAGAACCUUCGAGAUAUCUGAAGAGAGUGAGCUGGUAAACCUGCUAGAACUAGUUGAACGUCAGGAUCGAAGCUUUCAUGUUUAUAGACCUGGCAGGAUAGAUAUUAAUCAAUUAGAUCCGAGCCUUACUCUUGCUUUUUUCUGCAAAACUGAACAGGAUUUUGACAACUUGUGCAUAGAGUUUCAAGAGAAGAUGAUAUCUGUGGAGAAAUCUCCUUUGUUUGAAAUGAUGUCAGAACGUCCAUCUGAAAUGUACCCACAAUUGCAACCUUCACGUGAUAUAUCAAUACAGCCUGACGAGAGUACCGGAAGUGAUUAUGAACGAAUCGACCGGAAGUACGAUAGUGAGGAGGAAUUUGAAAUUAUUUGAGAAUUUAAA